GACGUAACUGAUGCCGGAAAAUCUUCGAAGAAGAAAAGGGCGGAAGCAAGACGCAUUAGCAAGAAUGGACCCCUUUCUAUACAAGACGAGCGUACACGACGCCUGCCUGAUGGAGUAUAGUCGAGUUAAACCAUUACAAAUGUUGAAAAAAUGUGUGCAGGAUCGACUAGUGGUGGCAGCUGAUGAAAUAUUCGCGCUGUUUGAAAGAACAAUAGCGUCGUACGAGGAGGAACUCUCUCGAACAAAAAAUCAGGAGCGACAUCGACAACAACUGGAAGCUGCUCGCAAGACUCAGACAGUGUUACACAUUAAAGACUUCCAGCAGCUGUCUAGUUGUCAAGAAGAACGUCCCUUGAAGCCGCACGGGGGGAGCGCCACUUUAAAGCAGGAGGACCUAAGGCCCCCCCACAUUAAAGAGGAAGAGGAGGAACUCUGGACCACUCAAGGAGCAGAGUGUCUUCUAUGGCAGAAUGAGGCCAAUCUCCCCAACUUACCAUUGACUAUUGUCUCUGUGAAGAUCGAAGAUCAUGAAGACAAACCUCCUGAGCCCUCACAUUGUCAUCACAGUCUAAGUGAGGAGAACAAAGGAGCAGAGCCUCCCAGUAACAGCUCAACACUUAACAUGACAGGAGCUGAUGGAGACCAUCAUGAAGAGUCACAACCAGACAACCUCAUAGCUCCAGUAUCAGAUAGUGAUGAUAGAACAUCACUCUACUCUACUGUAUCUGACGAUGAAGGCGUCAACGACACUCAAGAAGUAUUGGGCACCAAUAUAGACUGCGAAGGUGAUAUAAAUACUCUCACUGACAACAAAUGCUCUAAGUACUAUAAAAAGAAGACAGGUACAACAUUUGCAAAAUAUUCAGUUUGUGCUAAAAAGAGUGAUUGGGCUCAACACUUGAGAAGGCAAGCAAGAGAAAAACCCUUUCGUUGCUCAGUCUGUGGUCAUGUAUUUUCCCACAAGUCCUCUCUAAAUUGUCACAUAAGAACACACACAGGUGAAAAACCUUUUAGCUGCUCAGUUUGUCAAAAAACAUUCUCGGUCAAAAGUAAUAUGUUGUCACACAUGAGGAUACAUGAAGGCGAAAAACCUUUUAGUUGCUCAGUUUGCGGCCAUGCAUUUACCCAGAAGUCUACCUUGAAAUGUCACAUGAGAACACACACAGGUGAAAAACCUUUUAGUUGUUCAGUUUGCCAUAAAACAUUCUCUGUAAAAAGUAAUAUGUUAACACACAUGAGAAGACAUGAAGGCGAAAACCUUUUUGUUACUCAGUCUGCAGUCAUGUAUUUGGCCAGAAGCCCACUUUAAAGUGUCACAUGAGAAUGAAACACAGGAGAAAAACCUUUCAUUUGCUCGGACUGCUGUAAAAAAUAUUCAGAAAUCGCAAGACAAGACACAGAAGAACAUUUUAAUUAUGCAGAUUGUGACAGAUUUUCUAAAAGUUAUUUUAGGUGAAGGACACAAGAACACACGCACGAAAAAAACAUUUAGUUGUCAAUUUCAUGAUAAAUGAUCCCCUAACAAAACUAAGGGUGCCCCAAUAAGAUAAUGAUGUCAGAUUUUGGUACAAGCAGCCCUGUAAUAUGUUUACCUCUGCAAAGUCCGAUAUUAGAUAAACGUCCUCCAACAACUACACAAGGCUAGUAUUUUCUUGUCAUUUAGUAAAGCAAUUUACAAUGGGUAAACAUGGUAGGUUAUAGGCUACUGGGAGUUAGCAGCUACACAACAGCUAAGCACACAAUACAACACAAGUUAGUCAUUCAUAAUAAGUGUCCUUAAUUUAACAUUAUUGUAAUUUAUAACACAUGUCAAGAUAAACAAGUAUCAAAUUGUAGUUGCAUAUUAAUAAACAUACCAAGUCUCCAAAGCAGAAGUGUAUUAGGAAGUAUCUAGUAACAAACGUGUCCACAUCAUUCAAAUUUCUGCGUCGUGAGCUUAAUUAUUGAGCUUGGUUAUUGUAGCAACUAAGUGUUGCCAAAAAGCAAAUUACGACUCCACUUCAAGUUAAAGACAUACGUCCAUUCCAAUUAACAAUAAAUAGGUUAGCGUUUUCAUUGCCUACCAUUGCUCUCUAUUUAAGUAAUUUCACUUGAUCAAACAUUUUCUAACAUUUCACACUACAAUAAUAAAUACAAGCAUUUACUAUGAUCCGGGCUAAUAUUGUAUCGGAUCAAUUUCCAUAUCGGUCAAUAUUCAAGGCUGAGAACACACCUUGGUGAAAAACCUUUGUGUUGUACAGUUUGUGGUCAAAGAUAUGCUAAUAAAACUAAUAUGCUAUGUUAGAAGACACACAACAAAAACCUUAUAGUUGUUCAAUUUGUAGAACAUGAUUCACAUCGAAAAAUAUAAUGUAAUCACCACUUUAAAAAAAUGAUUUAAUUAGUUACUCGUUACUUUCCAAAAAAGUAGCUUAAUUAUUAAGGGAAUUAUUCUUUAUUAGAUGUAAUUUAAUUAAAGUAAUUAUUGCGUUGUUGUUGUUUUUUACUUUCAUACAUCUGGUGUAUGCAGUUGAGAGAUGAUUCAUGAGAGAAGAGUGCGUGAGUGUGUGCUUUUAAAAGGCGGUGCCUGUUGCCAAGUGAAGCGUGACGUCAGCAAUGGCGCCAUCGUCUGUUUUAGCUCAGCAUUGGUAGUCUGAGUGCUCGAAGGAGAAGUGAAGAACUAAUUCCUAAAGUGAAUUUGCUGGGAUUCUAAAGGUGUCUUGUCUGCAUUAGAAGUAGCGUGCCACGUUACAUCAAACAUAUCAGUAACGGCGUUGUAACGUAGAUGGAAGUAAUAAUUAGAUUCCUCGUUACUGGAAAAAUUAUUAUGUUGCGCCUUUUUAUCAGAACACUGGUGAGCAAACCUUGGAAAACACCCCAGUAUUGUUUUUGGCAGACAUCUUAGUUUUAGUAUUUGUUUUUUGGACAAAAAUGCUUGUAUUUUGCCAUAUUUUAGUUGUUACAUAUGUGAUACUUGUAUUCAAGGUUUAGUUGACAAAAACUCAAAAAGGUUUUAAUAAUACAAGUUUUUUGUAUUUUACCAAAUUAAUUUAGGUCAAUAAAACUUCUAAAUUACUCCGGCUUCCUCCCACUGCCAAAAACAUGCACCUGGGGAUAGGUUGAUUGGCAACACUAAAUAGGCCCUAGUGUGUGAAUGUGAGUGUGAAUGUUGUCUGUCUAUCUGUGUUGGCCCUGCGAUGAGGUCGCGACUUGUCCAGGGUGUACCCCGCCUUCCGCCCGAAUGCAGCUGAGAUAGGCUCCAGCACCCCCCGCAAGCCCAAAAGGGACAAUCGGUAGAAAAUGAAUGGAUGGAAGACUUCUAAAUUGGAAUCAAGGUUGACAUGUUGUAUGAAGUUCUGCAAUUCAACCAGUCUGCCAGCAAUCAGAUUCGGUUAAAAUCCGUGAAAAAGUAUGCCGUGGCCAAUGCGGCGUAACGCUUUUAAGUGGCAAUUACAAAAACAAUCCCCUCUGGCUGAUACUUUUAUUUUUGGUGUCCUAACUGACAGAAUACGGAACCGCUGCCCUCAGUUAAUAUUAAUCACCUUCAUUACGGCAAAUCAACUAUCACAUACAAGUAGGGUUGUAACAGAUCAGUUAACUUACGAUACAAUACGAAAUACAAUACAGGGCUCAUGUUAUGAAAUACUUACAAUAUGAUUUAAAAACAUAUCGAUAUGAUAUAUAUAUAUUUUAAAAAAUUGGUAAGAUCUGUUUACCACAUGUGAUGAAAAGCAAUGUGUCUACAAUGGUUAGAGACAGUGUAUGUAAGUUUUUUCAAAAAGGAAUAAAAAGAAAUUUACCAAUCUCACUUCUUUGUUUUUUAUUAUCAUUUCUUAAACAUAAACAUUUAAAAAAUAUAUUUUUUAGUGCAAGCAAUGAACAUGCAGAUAAACCUGUUUCUGCAAUUUGCAAAUGUUGGUGCAACAUGCAGGUUUCAGCAAGCUGCAAGAAGGUGUUUAUUCUGACCAAGUAAACAAGUGUUUUUGUCAGAUGCAACACAUGUAUUUGCACAGUGAAGGGAGAACUUCUCCGACGCGUGUUCGUUUAAUCUCUAAUAACGAGUCGUUGUCAAUUUUCAGAUUCAUCAUCUUAGAUUUACUUUACAGUGUGAUUGUUUGAAGCAAAGCAAUACAAUUCCGUCAUGGCCACAAGCAGGGCAAGGGAGACAUCCUGCCAGCGUGGCUCCUUGCCAAAUGUCCGUCUUCUCCUUCUUCCCAAGGACUGAUAAACUGGUAUAAAGGGGGGUUAUGGAAUUGUCUUUGUCCCAUCUGACUCCAGUUUCCACGGUAACUGCUCCUUCGCUGAAAUUAGAAAAUUAUGUUAUGUAAUGACUGUACAGUUAAAUGUUGUUAUUAUAAUGGUAGUCAAUGGGGACUAUUUUGUCCCCAUGACACUUCACUGCGAUACAGUUUGGAAACUAACCCUACAAAAAAUACAACGAUGAAUCAAAAUUCAGGAUGACGUUGUGGCUUUUGCAGCCCUUUGAGACAUUUGUGAUUAUCCAAUCCAAUCCAAUCCAUUUUAUUUAUAUAGCACAUUUAAACAACAAAAAUGUUUCCAAAGUGCUGCACAACAAUAUUAAAAACAAUAUUCAAAUAUUAUCCUUAGCUCCACCAAUUACUGAAUAAAAACGAAACAAAAAUAAAUAAAUAUAAAACCAAUAUAAAAAUAAAUAUGAUUAAAAACGAUUUUAAAGGGUAAGACCAAUUAAAACAGUAAAUAGAAAUCUACAUUUUUAAAAAACACAGAAGACAACAGAGGACAGAGGACCACACAACUCACGUAGUGUUAAAAGCCAAAGAAUAAAAGUGGGUCUUAAAACGAGACUUAAAACACUCCACUGUGCGAGCAGUUUGAACAUGGAGGGGCAGAGUGUUCCAGAGCUGAGGGCCGACCACAGAGAAGGCUCUGUCUCCCCUGGACUUAACUCUGUUCUUGGGCACCACGAGUUGGAGCUGGCUCUCGGAUUAAGGGCUAUAUAAAUAAACUUUGAUUGAUAAAUAAUAAAUAAAUAAAAUUUGAUGAAUAAACAUUGAUUGAUUGAUUGAAUACUAAUCUUAUGAUAACUGAAUUUAGGCCAGAUACAAAUGUACCUCAGCCCUUUAACAUUUACUGUAUGGAUGAUAACUCAUGUGCCAUUUUGAUAAUUAUGUGAUACUCUGAGUUAAGGUUUAGUCCAGUGUUUCUUAACCGUAGGGCCCAUUGUUGGGCAGCAAUAUAUAUAUAU